UUUAGACACAAAGUGGAUCUUGGGAUGGUUGAGGGGUUGACUGGGGAAAAAGUGAAGGGGAGGUGGAGGGAACAGAAUCCCUGUGUCUGUCACUAAGGGUCAGGGAUGGGGCAAUUCUAACCAUGGUUUCUCUUGAGGUUCCUUGCAUGUUUUUUUCCCCAUCCCAUGAUAUUUCCUGUGGUUCCUCUCGUGAUUUCUCCCAUCCCAUGGCUUCUUCCAUGGUCUUUCCCGUGGUUUUUCUCAUUGUUUUUUCCUGUAGUCUUUCCCAUUGUUUUCCAUCCCAUGAUUUCUCCCAAGGUUCGUUCCAUAGCUCCUCCCAGUUUCUUCCAUUCCAUGAUUUUUCCUGUUCUGUUGUCUUUCCCAUCUCAUAGUUUUCUCUAUCACAUGACUUCCCCCCACUUUUUUCCCCAUCUUUUUCUCCAACCCAUGCCUUCUGCCAAUGUUUAUCUCUUAUUUCACCCAGCCCAUGGCUCAUCCUGCUCUCCCUCCCCUCCCAGACCCCUGCAAGUCUCUGCACUGCCGCCCCAAGGAGCGCUGCCGGCCCCGUGGUGCCCAAUCCCCCUGUGUUCCGGCCCUGGUCGCCAUGUGCUGGGCAUGGGGUGACCCACACUUCCUCACCUUUGACGGCCUUGACUUUGACUUCCAAGGCACCUGCAUUUACACCAUGGCCGAAUCCCAUGGGAAUGACCCUGGGCUGGUGCCCUUCAGGGUUGAGGCCAAGAACAACAUCUGUGGCGGGAUCCAAUCUGUGUCCUAUGUCUCCUUGGUCAAUGUUGAUGUCUAUGGACAGCGUAUCUCCUUCUGCCGGAAUGAAGACAAAAGAGUCCGGGUGAAUGGGGAGGUGACUGCUGCUCCCAGUGCUCCUGGUAGAUGGGAAGGUGCAUGUCUGUCCCAGUGGGCUCUGGAGAUGGAUUUUGGUCUCCAGGUCUCCUAUGACUGGAACUGGCACCUCCUGAUCGACCUCCCCAGCAGCUACUUCCGCCAUGUCCGCGGCCUCAGUGGGAAUUUCACCCUCAAGCCCGUCGAUGACGUCCCUGAGGCUGGUGACAACAUCACUGCCAUUGUCAGAUGGGCCAAAAACUGGAAAAGCACUGACUCUGAGGCUGACGACCCUAUUUGUUGGGAUUAUUGUGAUGGAGAAUGCCCAGUGUGUGAUGAGGAGAAGGAGCUUUAUGGUGGGAACCACUAUUGUGGGAUGAUAAUGAAAUCCUUCCAGGGGCCCUUCAGAGUGUGUCACGACAUAGUGAAGCCUCAUGACUUCUAUCACAACUGCCUGUCUGACUUGUGCCUGAGUGAUGGGGUGAGGUUGAUCCUUUGCCAGGUGCUGGAGACAGACACAGUGUCAGAAGCGUGGGGCCAUGGUCCAUGACUGGAGGACACCAUCAAGAUGCUCCUUACCUUGCCCUGAAAACAGCCACUAUGAGCCCUGUGGCAAUGCCUGUCCAGCCACCCGCUCCAACUGGGACAGUCCAGCCACCGGUGACCAGCCCUGCGUGGAGACCUGUGCCUGCAACACCGGCCAUGUGCUCAGUGGCAGACAGUGCGUGCCAGUGUCCCGCUGUGGCUGCACCCAUGAUGGCCACUAUUAACGUUCUGGUGAGGUGUUUUGGGGUGAUAACACCUGUUGGUCUAGGUGUUGAUGGUGUGUGAGGACUCCAGGUGUAAGCCGGGUGAGGUGUGCGCGGUGGUAAAGGGCAUGUGGCGGUGCAUGGCCAACAGCCGUUCCAUCUGUGUGGCCACUGGUGACCCCCACUAUACUACCUUCGACGGGCACCACUACGACUUCAUGGGUACCUCUGUCUACCUGUUGGCUGAGCUCUGCUCUACUCACCCCACCCUCAUCCCCUUUGCUGUCACUGUGGAGAACAAUCACCGUGGCAGCCAUCUGGUCUCCUUCACCAAGGUGGUCAUCAUGCAGGUGUACAACAUGACCCUCAGCCUCAGUCAGGAAUAUCCCCAGAAGGUCAAGAUUUGAAUAUUGAUUCCCUGCCUGACUGGGAAAAGGUUGGACAAACACUAUGCAAGUUGAACUGGGGGCGAACACAGGUGGUAAAUACAUCCCACUGUUCCUUUUAAUUCGGAAAGCAAUUCUACAAAG